AUGCGUGCGCUAAAGCUACGUGCAUCUCUCAAAGAACGCAACAGAGUUCAAACAGCGUCCUACUUGUACCCUUCGCUCGUGAAUACGUCGAUUUAUCGGCGAGGCAGGGGUGGCCGGCCGCCACGUGUCCAGCAUAAACAUGCUGUUCUCUCUAUUGUGCUGCAUUUCUACACGGCACCCGUCGAGCACAAGACACUGCAGGAGCUCUUUGGCGUCGCAUCAACGACACUCUCGAGACUGCUGCGGCGGGGUGAAGGCGCCUUGUCCAGGGCACUCCAAUGCAUGUCGGCCGCCUGGAUCAAUUGGCCAUCCAAGGCCACGCAGCUGUACUGGGCGUCCAAGUCGCAAGAGCGGGAGCCACUAGUUAGCGGCGUGUUUGGUUUUGUCGACGGCAAGAACCGUCGCGUCCAAGAACUGUCGUGUGCCGAUUUGCAAAACGCUCAUUACAACGGUAUGACCCGUGAAUGCAAUUGA